AUGGCUGCUACCUUCAGGGACCCGGAUUCUGCGGCUCCUGAUUGGCCAAGACAUGCGCGCUCCCCGCGCGAUCCUUUGUCGAACGUGGCAGUGGGGAGGAGUCCUCAGCGGAGGGGCGGAGCCACGCUUGCGCCUCCGAAACCCCUCGUGUUGCUUUCUGACUGGACCGCGUAUCCCCACCUGACACCGACCCCCUCCUCCCCGGCUCUGCAGACCGGAAGCUGGGCUGACGCGCUUCCGGCGCGCGUGAGGCCCGUGCGGCGCCUGCCGUGGCGACUGGUGUCUCGUGCGGGCGUUGCCCGCAUGGCCUCCGUGAGUGGCCAGGGCGCUACUCGGCGGAGCGAGGCGCAGGGGCAGCGCGCGGGGGGCCGGGGACGGCCCCAGGCGGAAUGCGAUGGAGGAGCCAGCAAGGCCCACCGGAGCUGUGCCCGGAAUGGGGCCACUCGCCUGGUGAGGGGCUCCGGUCCGGCACCGUCCACCGUGUGCACUUCCCUUCCUUUCUACCGGCUGCCUCCCAUAAAGCGGGCUUCGGGAAGCUUUCGGGCAACCGGGUAA